AUGAACGCUCCGACAUCAUCAUCUGAAGACCGAAUAGACGAAAACAUGACAUGCAAAGACAAACGAAAUGCCUGUCUGAAGUCUGCGAAGGACGGAAUGUGCCGAAAACAGCCGGAUCUAAUGUACCGACUGUGUCCCGAAUCUUGCAAACUCUGCAAAAGCCAGGAACGAACCACCGAAUUUGGUGUGCUCCAAGAUAUAGUGGGCAGAGAUGCGUAUGAACUUUCAUUAAUUGUCAAGAAAACCCGCAAGUAUAUCGACAGUGAUGCGGUUUUGGAUUUGUCCCCGGAACUCUUUUUGAAUUGUUGGAAUCGACACCGCGACUGUACCCGAUGGGUCCUACAAGGAGAAUGCGAGACGAACCGAGACUGGAUGCGAGUCAACUGCGCUCCAGCCUGUCAAUCUUGUCAUCUCAUUACGAUGGAACAAUUGGAACUAAUCGGUGUCGAGGAGAAUCGAUUCAUAUAG